AUGAUUAUCAGGAAACGACAGCAAAUCGGGUCUCUCUACAUACACAAUUCUGCUGUUAGUGUAGCAGUUGAAGGACAGCUAUAUGAAAUCCCCUGGAGCUCAACCGAAGAUGACUUUUUUAUUCUCGUCCUUUUGCCACCUCAAUUCCCUGAUGAACCACCAGUCAUUACCAUUUCACCUCCCGGUACUCGCCAUCCAUUGAUUAAAGAAGAUCUCAUAAGCAACGAAGGUCAAUUCCAAUGGACACCUUCUUCUAAUCUUGGAGUACUUGUAAAAUCAAUCCGAGAUGAGUUUAAUCGCCAACCUCCUGUAAAGAACAAAAACGAACCUCUUUAUGCUCCUCAAAUUCCUCGGCCCAACAACAACAAUGUUAAUAUUAAUAUUAAUAAUAAUAAUAAUAAUAAUAACAGUAACAAUAGUCAUUAUAGCCACCGUCCUCCUCCUGCAAUUCCAACUGCCAAUCAGUCAACAUUACCAUCCUCUUCUGGCUUGACGAAUAACGAAUAUAUGGCAAUUUCACACACAACUCCUGAACAAGCACACGAAUUAUUGACAAGCGAUUAUGCAUUCGAUCUCUUUUUCCACUCACUGGAGCGGGUGCAGAAUCUAAAAACAGUUCAAGGAGAGUUGAGAAAUGGAAAUGAAAGUAUAGCAUAUAAGAAUCUGAAUAGACAGGACGGAUUGACUUUGUUGAGAAGUGAGGUUGAGGCAUUAGAUGCCGAAUACAAGAAACUCAAGGAAGAAUUUGAUGUCAAGGAACAGCAGCAGCAAGAGGCAUUUAGUCGUUUCUCUGCCUCUACAGUUCUUACUCGUCUCAAGUCAGGCGUCUAUGAAUAUGAUGAAAUGUCAGAAUCUGUAGCCCAAAGUUUCUUGGACGGUGACUUGAACCACGAUGUUUUUGUGAAACAGUUUAGAGAAAUGCGUAAAGUAUAUCAUUUGCGAGCAAGCAAGCUGGAGCGUGCACAAAAAGACAAGCUGUUUAUAUAA